AAUACUUGAUUAUUGCUUACAUAAUUGUAUUAAGAUUGUCAGUCAGAGAUUCCUACUAUAACCAGCUGGUUGAAUCAUGUAUCAUUACUACAAGUAUGUCCGAAUUCAAAAUCCUUUCUCUGAAAAUAACCAACAUUUUUACACAUUACUAAGCACAAGAAUGCCAUCAUCUCUUUCUCGAGCCCCCCUACCUUAACAACCCUCCCCCUAUCUGUCUCAUUCUGAUUCCCUUCCUCUACAUUUCAUACAUAGAAAUUAGAGAACUAGUCAUUUUUCACUCUCUUCAUUUUUAACCGGUUAUUUUGGAGCCCAAAAGGGUAAAACACGGACAAUAAUAACCAAAAUACUUCUUUCUCAUCAUUCUGUUUGCAGAAGAAAAAAGGUAAAAACAAAACAAAGUAUGCUUUCCCCUUCUCAGGUUUUCUCCUCCCAUCUCUUCUGAGUGUGUGAAAACUCUCCUUUUCAGCAAGACUCCCACCUUUAUCUCUCUGUGCCUGUGAGAGCAACUCCAUUUUUUGCAACUUUUGUCCUGAGGUUUCGGAAAUAGGCAACGAAAAAUGGCUAAACGGGUCGCAUUCUGUAAAGCCAACUCUGUUUUUUCUGGGGGACAAAAAAUCCCUCUUUAACUGUCCAGGUAAGAAAUGGGAUGUUCUAUAGCUUAAAAUCACUUGUAAAAAGGUCGUGUUUUUCUCCAUUAAAGUUGAAGCGAAAAUUUGAAUCUUUUCAUAACCCCAGCACUUUUCAGCUCUACAUGUCUCCAAGAAACCACCUUUCUCUAUGUUCUAGACCUUUUUAGAGCAGAAACAAACAUCUAUCUCGUUUAGGAGAGUAAAAGGAAACAUGGGUUGUGUUGCUUCAAGAUUAGAACAAGAAGAAGAAGUGGUUUCCAUAUGUAGAGAAAGGAAAAACCAACUCAAAUUAGCCGUGGAGAGAAGAUAUGCUCUUGCAGAUGCACAUUACAGAUAUUGUCAAUCCUUGUUUGGAGUCUCAGCAGCCAUAAAUCUCUUCGUUGCUCGCCAUUCUUCACCCCCUUCACCAUUUUACAUAACAUUUCCACCACCUUCUCCCCCAAAGGAAAAUGUGGUUUCAAACCCUUUAUUUCUUCAGCAAACGCCGUCUGAACCAACUAAAGAAGCCAUUGCUUGUGAGCCAUGCAGUCCUUCUACAAGUUCAAUCUCUUCCGAGGAAGAGUGUGAGGAGAAGAAUGAGAACGAGAAAGAAGAAGAACAAGUUUGUGGAUAUUUCUACAUGGAUAUGCCUCAGGCAAUGCCCUCACCCCAGAGGGACUUUGGGUGGGAUUUCUUUAACCCUUUCAAUAGCGUGACAAGGCCAGAAAUAAUUAAUACUUAUAAUAGGCUUUCUGAGGAGGAUUUAAGGGUUGUGAGGGAGCAAGAAGGAAUCCCAGAGCUUGAAGAUGAAGAAGGGGAAGGAGGAUUGGAGGAAGAGAGAAAUGCUGUGGUGAAAAAAGAAGCACUUAUUGAAGAGGAGAAGCAGCAUGGGGUUGAAGUUGUUAAUGCAGUGGAGAGUGGUAACGUGAGCCAGGGGGAGCAGCAAGUAGAGAAGGGGCUGACUGUUAUUGAUACACCAGUUAGAGGGAGAGAACUGUUGGAGGCUUUAAAAGACAUUGAAGACCAUUUUAUCAGGGCUUAUGAUUCUGGAAAGGAUGUUUCCAGGAUGCUAGAGUGCAACAGGGUGCAUGUACAGUCUAAUCUGGAGGAAAUAAAAGAAAGCUCAACAAAAUUGAUCCAAGCAAUCACAUGGCGGUCUACUUCCCGUUCAUCAUCAUGUAAGAGUUUGGUAGCAACUGGUCCUAAAAGCUCUUCCACAUGGAAAGAAUUUAACAACGAUUUGUUUGAUGAUUAUGGAGGAAUGGCUUCCGGAAGCCACUCGUUAACGUUGGGAAGGCUGUAUGCCUGGGAAAAGAAACUCUACGAAGAAGUCAAGGACGGAGAUAGCAUCCGAAGAAUUUAUGAAAGGAAAUGCAAUCACCUCAGAAAUCAAGAUGUUAGAGGAGACGAAGGACUCUCAGUGGACAAAACAAGAGCAGCGGUCAAAGAUCUGUACAGCAGGAUUCUUGUGGCAAUUCGCAGUGCUGAAACAAUUUCAAACCAAAUUGAUAAAUUGAGAGAUGAAGAACUAGAGCCGCAAAUAAGGGAAUUACUUCAAGGUAUGAUGGGAACCUGGAAAAUUAUGUCGGAGUCUCAUGAAAUCCAGAACAAGAUUAUAUUUGAAGUGAAAACUUUUACCUGCCCAUCUUACGGAAAAUUCUGCAAUGAAUCUCACCAGCUUGCAACACUACAGCUGGAAACAGAGCUUGUGAACUGGCGUGCGUGUUUCAUAGAGUACAUUGCAGCUCAAAAGGGUUAUAUUGACGCCCUUCAUGGAUGGCUGUCAAAAUUUGUUGCACCUGAAGUUGAAUUUUACUCCAGGGGCAGGAAUUCUGCUCCCCCAUCUCAAUCAAAUGGCCCUCCACUUCUCAAAGUCUGCCAUGAUUGGUUGGAUUCCAUGAACAAGUUACCAGAUAAGGCAGUUUCAUUCGCAAUAAAGAGCUGCGCAAAGGAUGUUAGAGCUUUAUGGCUUCAGCAAGGAGUGGAACAACAACAAAAGAGGAAAGUUGACAGUCUUUCCAAAGAACUAGAUAAAAAGAUAAUAGCCUUCCAGAAAGCUGAUAACAGGAUCUCUGAGUUCAGGCUGACAGAAAAAAAUGCAGCGCUGGAGUUGGAUCAUCAGGCUCAAUCUUUGGUGGAGCGCAAGGACAUGCUGGAAAAUUUCCGAAAAAGGGUUGAUUUUGAGAAGGAGAAACACCACAACUGCAUGCAAGAAACUGAGAGGAUCACCUUAAAUGGUUUCCAGGCAGGGUUUUGCAGGGUAUUCGAGUCUAUGACAGAAUUCUCGCGGGCAGCUCUGAAAAUGUAUAAUGAUCUCAGCACUAUUCAGAAUGCUGAAGAAGUUGGGAAACCACCAUCUUGUAUAGAGGGUUCACAAGUUGAAGAAAAUUUUAGAAGAUGACAUAAAAAGUCCUUAGGUAGGUGUUCAUCUUUUAGGAUCUGAGUUUUUAAAAUGUUCAUGCAUUAGAUUGUGUCGAAGCAACUCGCUGAGACAUUGUUUGUUUAUGGAUCUUUUCUGUCAGUAGCAGAUGCUUGCAUUUGCCCAUAUCUUUGCUUCUCCAAGUGGCUUCCUGUUAUAAAAUCUUCUCUCAACAUCAAAGCUUCAGGAAUCAAUGGGUCAAAGUACAGCCUGAUCAACAUUUCUAUUUUCUUAUUUCUCAUAAGUUUUAUGGCCAAUGUAGCUGCUCUUGAAAGACCAAAUUACGAUGCCAAAGAUGAUGAGUUCAAAGAAUAAGGAAAUGCCAAUUUCCAAACAUCGCCAGCAGAGUUACAACUUCAAACAAUGAGUUAACAUUCAAUGCAUAGAUAACAUUUGACAAGAAAUGUAUUUACUGAUAUAGGUUCUAAAACAUCACAUUUGUACAAUGUAGAUAUGAUACAAUACACAUCCUAGAUAAGCGUUGUGGACUGUUGCAAUUAAAUCCCACUAGAAUUUAUCCUCAUUCUAUCUCAAGUACAAGGAGACUAAAAAUUGUGAGAAGAGUAUAAAUUCGCUCACAACUGUAGCCGGAGUGUU